AUGCCCAUCUGUUUCUCCAAGCAUGUGAAGGCGAAGAGCCAGCCCACGACAUCAGAUGAGACUGUGGUGGCCGGUGGUACAGUGGUGCUCAAGUGCCAGGUGGAGGAUCCCGAUGACUCCUCACUGCAGUGGUCCAACCCUGCCCAGCAGACACUCUACUUUGGGGAGAAACGAGCACUGCGAGAUAACAGGAUCCAGCUGGAGAGGUCCACACCCAACGAGCUGACCAUCAGCAUCAGUGAUGUGGUACUGUCAGAUGAGGGGGAAUAUACCUGCUCUAUCUUCACCAUGCCUGUGAGGACUGCAAAGGCCCUGGUCACUGUGCUGGGAAUCCCCCAAAAACCCCAAAUCUUUGGCCAUGAGCAGCCUAUUGAUGAGGAGAAGAUAGCCCGGCUGACCUGCCGAUCCUCUGGCAGCAAGCCAGCUGCCCAGCUCCGGUGGAAGAAGGGCAAUAAGGAGCUGAAGGAUGAGGGCACUGAAGUGGUGGAGGACCCCAAUGGAAAGACCUUCACUGUGAGCAGUCGAGUGGAGUUCCGUGUCACUAAGGAGGACAACGAAGCUGAGGUGACCUGCACUGUGGAUCAUGAGUCCCUGCAGAACUCCGAGAGGUCCACCACGCAGAAGCUGCAGGUUCACUACAAGCCAACAGCGAAGAUCGAGCCGCAUCCCCAGUACCCACGGGAAGGCGAGAAGCUCCAGCUGCAAUGUGACGGGCAGGGCAACCCCAUCCCUCAGGAGUUCCUGUGGCAGAAGGAGGGCAGUGACUCGCCACUGCAGCUGAGCUCCGACAGCAUCCUUAUCUUCCCUUUCCUCAACAAGAGCGACAGCGGCACCUACGUCUGCACGGCCACCAGCUCCAUGGGCAGCGUCGUGGCCAAGUACAACCUUGAUGUUAGCGAUGCCAGCCCAGUGCCCUCAACCUCCAGCACGUACCAUGCCGUGAUUGGUGGGGUGGUUGCCGUCAUUGUCUUCCUCCUGCUCAGUCUCCUCAUCGUGUUGGGACACUACCUGAUCAGACACAAAGGCACCUACCUGACCCAUGAGGCCAAGGGGUCAGACGAUGCCCCGGAUGCUGACACUGCCAUCAUCAAUGCAGAGGGAGGCCAAACUGGCGGUGAUGACAAGAAGGAGUAUUUCAUCUAGGGGUGUCAGAGAGAGUGAGAAAUGGAGCCAACAGACCCCGAUGGAAAUGGAAACCAGACCACAAACCCCACUCAACCCAACAGAUUUUUCUCUCGCGCCUGGGACGGGCAGGCAGACGGACAGAGGGAUGGCAGGACAGAGAGCAGAGAGUGACCAGCCUGAGACAUAAUGCUUCUUCUUGAACUUGUACAGAACGUUAUUACUAUGAACAGCGAAAGCCCUGGCCCUGUUUGCUUGCUUGCACCUCCAUCCCUGCAACUGGCGCUCGCACAAAACACAGACCAACUAGUGAGUGAGCGACUUUCCUUCUUCGUUUGGACCUUUGCUUUGGUUUUGUGGCUGCUCUUUGCUUUGGGCCCUUGGUUGGGAUGUUGGGCUGGGGUCAAUGUAGCUAUUUCCUUUGUUUCUCACCAUUUUGGUUUCUUUGACAUCCAAGGAUAAAAUCAGCUCCAGGUGCUGG